UCUUGCCGACGCCCUAUCCCGCGUAAAGAAAGUUUCCGUUUUCAACGAAAGUGACGCACGGCGCUCGAGUUUCGCAUCGCGCCAAGCGUGCCGCGCCGAACGCACCAAAUAGAACGUGAUAGAACAAAGCGAACAACAGUGCGCGGGUUUUAGCAAUAAGCGAUUUUUUUUGUUUCCUCCUGUUUAUUGUUUGGUGCUAUCUUGCUAUUUCUCUGGUUCGAUGUGUCACAUCGCUUGCUAAGUGUGGUCAUAGGGAUCGAACAGUACUGUACACGGCCUCGACCAUGACGGCGGAAACGCUAAAACCGUUUCUCAAUCUACCGAACACGACGGCCGACGGGCUGAAAGCGCACUGCGCACAAAAGUCCACCGUUAAGCGAGGAUUAGUUGCACUGGGAUGCAUUCUUGCGGCGGCCCUUUGCUGUGCGCUCAUCGGUGUGCAGAUCUGGCAUUUGAAUAAGACGGCCGCACUGCAACAGGAAGUCGACGACCUGAAAAUGCAACUGUACCAACGUGCCCGCGAGUUCACCGAGUACGAGUUUGACAACGACCUGUUUGAUACGGCGGACGAGUACGCGUACGAACCGGAGGAAGACCUCGAUCAGGAUGUGUCCGACGAUGGCCACCGGGAACAGGAAACGAACGAGAGUGGGCUGAUGAGCAGUGGCAUGCAGGACGAGGAUAUGGAGGAUAACGAGGAGAGGGAAAACCUUGGGCUCGAGGAUCUGAGGGAAACGAACGAAGACGACGACAUUACCAUCGAUGACGGUGUGGACACAAUUGUGCCCGGUGGCGUCCGUCGGGCACGGUCCAUUUCCGGUGUUACACGGCAGGGUGUGCCGAUUGUCGAUGAACCGUACGUACCGAGGCGGAACCGUACCCGGCAUCCGCACCGGAUCUACGAGCAACUGCGCCAACGGCCGGAAGAGCUGGUCACACCACCGUCCUCGGGGGAAAUGUUCCGAUGGGACGUCGAAAAUCGCAAAACUCACUCAGCCUCCCGCCAACAGUCGUACGGCACUAUCAGUAUCAGACCGUACCAGCAUGAAGUACAUAAUCAACGAGAACAUCACAGCACCACCCCGAUGCCUGUGGCGUAUGGAUCACGUGCGGACGUAAGACAUCACUCACGCAACGAGCUGGAUGCCGGAAACCCAACAAAACCGCCGGCACCAAUGCUGAACCGAAUGAGCCGCGUCCAGGCGACCGGUGAAAGCAUGCGAAAACAACUGCAGCAGACACAACGAUUCCCCAAGGUGGUUGGCAAUCCUGGAACACAGAAGGAAAUCGUAAUGGCACCGGAAUCACGCGUCCGUUUGCGUCAGCGCAAAACCGGCGCUGCCCAGUCGGGCGAACCGUUGGCCAAAGGUGUGCACCUGGUGAAGGUAACCAGCGGUGGUGUUUUCCACCGAAACAAUCGCCACCGCGACUGGACCGCGAAGGAUGACGCGAGCAAGCAGGCCUUACAGACGGGUCAAACGUUUGCCUUCGACGGUGAGCAGCUUACCGUCAAAGAGCCCGGCCUGUACUACGUUUAUGCGCAGGUGACCUACAGCAACCAGUUCAACACGAACGGCUUCAAGGUGUUGGUGAAUGGAAACAAGCAUCUUUCCUGCGCCGUGCACUCGGUGGGUGAAAACACCAACACCUGCUUUACGGCGGGUAUUACCGAAAUUCCCAACUACAGCACAACCAUCGCGAUCGAGGACGUUGAUCAUGGCCGGGAGCAUGUCAUGUACCCGGAGAAGACGUUCUUUGGCGUGUUUAAGAUUGGCCGGCUAGCGCAAACGGGCGCCCUCCGACAUCGUUCCGCGCGGAAGGUGGUUUAAGCGCCGUUUGCCAUCGAAAAUGAAGCCACUUCGAUGGAGCACAUGAUUGCAUGAAACUGUAUGUUGGCAUGAGUACCUGUGAGCGUGGCGGUGGUGAUGGUGGAGAUGAGAUGCAAAGGUGCAAUGAAACAGAAGGCCAAUUAUUAUACAUUACUGUACCCAGCAAUGGUCACCAGAAUGGCCAGCAAAACGUAGCAUGUUCCACCAUAAAUGUAUUUAUUUCCCUUUCCCUCCCUUCCACCCCUCACAACCCUUUCUUCCUGCGUGUGUAUGUGUGAGGUUUUUAAAAUACUAAAAUCCAUAUCGUUAAGCAGUAGGUGCAUUGUAACAUUGUCUAUCGCCAUUUAUUUGCAUGCUGUAACGGUUCGUCCUCCUAGCCGUGCCGACCGUUUUUUUUUUUUUUUGGGGGGGGGGGACAAAAAUCCGACACCCUUAAUCCGACCGGAUGCAAUUCUACCGUGUUCUGCACCGCAACCCGAUACCCGUUUGUCGGCACGGAAAAUGCUUUGUGAUAAUGUUAUAGCACGUGCGCCCGUGCUGAGCGACGGAUCGGUCCAACAGUCACGGAUUGC